CGAUUCAGACUUCAUAUAUCUUUACAUCUCUUUCAACUCAUCUCCGUCAAUGUCGAUGGAUCCAAACCAACCCUCACAAGCUUACUCUUGAAAUCGUCGGCCACCAUGGAUGACUGAUUGCAUCAAAUCAGAACUUUUAACUUUUCGGAUAAGGUGUUACCACAAUAAUGGAUCGGAUAAUAUUUUCUUGUAAGAAUUACAAAAAGGGAUAUUCUGUAGACGCUUUAAAUCUCGUCCGUCCACGUCACUAUAUCUUACGAACUGGAAUAAUCGUCAGUUCUCUAUUCACUCAAAUAUCAAUGGCUGUUCUCUCAAGAACCAAACGUGUCACUGAUCCACUCGACGACGAAGCUAAAGCUCGGAUCUUAAGUAGCCACGGUUGCAUCCUAGACCAAGAUUCUCCUCGACUCUGCGAGCUUGUACACGGGUUUUUCGACGAUGGUCACGAAGAGACACUCUACGACGACUCCGACUCCGACCUGUCUGAGAAUUCUAUAGUCAAACGUUCCCAAGCUAGUGAGGAGAUCUUGAAGAUGGCGGUGACCUUCUCUGAUUCUGAUCCUUAUCGGAAUCUAUUGCUAGCUCACGUUUUAAGAGCCGCGGAGACAUAUUCCGGUUUUAGGUCAAGGAACAAAUCUGUUUUCCAGAACAAGGUAGCUUCGUUUCUGCGAGAGCUCGGCCACGACGCGGCCGUUUGUGUGUCCAAAUGGAACUCAUCGGCCAAACUCACAGCCGGUAGUUACGAGUUCAUUGACGUCAUUUACAAGCCGACGGCCGUCCGUUACUUCGUUGAUCUAGACUUUGCUUCCGAGUUCGAGAUCGCAAGGCCGACGCAAGAAUACACGCGUGUGUUGCAGUUGCUUCCUAAUGUUUUUGUCGGGAAAGAAGUGAAUCUGAGGACGAUUGUGAGAGAGUUAUGUGACGCUACGAAGCGGUCGAUGAAGAGCCGUGGCUUGUCUCUCCCACCGUGGCGGAGAAGCUCUUAUUUGCAACACAAGUGGUUUGGUCCGUACAAAAGAAAGGUUGGAUCUGGUUUGGGAGUGAAGCCUUUGAGUAGUGACGCUGUAAACUGCCGAUCUUUAGGGUUUGAUCAUGAGGGUGCCGUCAAUGCUCGUUUGUUCAUCAGGACGUGAUCUAUAUAUAGUAUGGAGUAGGCCGGCUAGUAUAAAGUGUGGGCGAAUAGUUGGAGACUACUUCAAUUUAUUCAAUCUGAGUGAUAUGAUCUAAAUGAUAUUAUUUUUUUUUCUUUUGGAUUUGUAUUUUUUACCCACAAAGUUGGUUAACGCGAUGUUUGUAUCCGUGACCAUGUAUGUUCACAUUUAGUGUCUGAUUGGUAAACACAAACAAAGCUUUACAAAUGGUACAGUUUUGAUUUUUACCAAUCACAAAAACUUUA